AUGAAGGCCACUAGCGCAACGGUGGCUUUCCUAGCCAUGACUGCUGUCCAAGCAGCCAAGCACGCCCAUGACCAUGGCCACCACCGCAGCCAUCGCUCGGUGGAUGCCCCCGUGGUGAAGAAGAGUUCCUCGUGUCAGUUCCCCUCCGGGGCUGGCUUGAUCCCUAUCACUCCCCAUGAGGUCAAUGGUGGAUGGGCUAUGAGCCCUGACCAGGAGUGCAAGCCUGGUGGAUACUGCCCGUAUGCUUGUCCGGCUGGCCAGGUCUCUAUGCAGUGGGACCCGGAGGCUACUUCGUACACCUACCCCAUGUCCAUGAAUGGUGGACUGUACUGCGAUGAGAACGGCGAGAUCCAGAAGCCCUUUCCGGACCGUCCCUACUGCAAGGACGGCACCGGCGUCGUCAGCGCGAAGAACAAGUGCAAGGAGCAGGUGUCUUUCUGCCAGACGGUUCUUCCUGGCAAUGAGGCCAUGUUGAUUCCCACGCUUGUUGAGGAAUUGGCUACCCUGGCUGUUCCGGAUCUGAGCUACUGGUGUGAGACUGCGGCGCACUUCUAUAUCAACCCUCCGGGAUACAACACCGAGACGGCCUGUGUCUGGGGUACCUCCGCGAACCCCUACGGCAACUGGUCCCCGUAUGUUGCUGGCGCCAACACCGACGGCGACGGCAACACCUAUGUGAAGCUCGGAUGGAACCCGAUUUACCUGGAACCGACCACCCCAUUCCGCAACGAAGUCCCUGAAUUCGGUGUCGAGAUCGAGUGCGAGGGAGGCGGCUGCAAUGGACUUCCCUGCAAGAUCGACCCGUCCGUCAACGGCGUGAACGAGAUGACUGGCGACAGCUCGGUGGGUGCCGGCGGUGCCACCUUCUGUGUGGUGACGGUGCCCAAGGGCGGCAAGGCCAAUGUCGUUGUCUUCGACAAGGAAGGCGAUUCGGCCAGCGUGCCGGUGUCCAGCAGCAGUGUAAGCAGCGUCGUCGUGAGCAGCAGCGCCAGCUCCAGCAGCACUUCGACCAGCAGCAUCGUCCCUACUACUAGCAGCACGUCGACGGUUAUCAGCACCAGCUCCAGCACUACCAGCAGCACUUCGACCCCGACCCCAUCUAGCACUACUACCUCCAGCUCCACGCUCAGCUCCAGCUCCACCAUCAGCACCACCAGCUCCAGCAGCAUCACCCCCCGGCCUACCCCCAGCUGGACGCCCUCAUCCAGCUGGAAGGUCAGCUCCAGCGCAGCAAUGAACUGGACCGCUAGCUACACGUACAAGCCCCAUGCGAUGGUGGAGACAGGCUCCUCGCACGCGAAUCCUGUCGCUGCUGCUGCUGUUGCCAGUGGUUCAAGCCAGACAACUGGAACUGCUCAAGCAACACCGUCGGCAGCUGUGACGGAUGGCGCUGCUGUUGGUAGUGCAGUGUCCAAACUGAGUCUGAUUGUGGCGGUCCUUGGAGCGAUUGUAAUGGUCUAG